AUGCAUCUGGCUAGGGAGCUUGGGGUCAAUCUGGCCGACCAGCGCCUCGCGCAAGCCCUUGAUGAGGCUGACCCCCUGGCCCACCUUCGUCAAGAGUUUUCCAUUCCCCAGAUGAAAGACAUCAAGCAAGCGGAUUUGAAGCUGGUCGAAGCCGAGUCUGACUGCAUCUACCUCUGUGGCAACUCCCUGGGCCUCAUGCCCAAGCGUACGCGCACCAUUGUCAACGAGGAACUUGACACCUGGGCUACUGGUGGCGUGACUGGGCACUUUCCGGAUGGCCCGGGCAAGCGCCCCUGGGUGUCCAUCGACGAGACCGUGACCGACAAGUGUGCCCGUGUUGUUGGUGCCCUGCCAGAGGAAGUCGCCAUCAUGAAUACGCUGACUGUCAACCUGCAUCUACUCAUGGUCAGUUUAGCUCACACCAUGGCGAGACAGGUGCCCUUCUACCGUCCCACGAGCGAUCGCUUCAAAAUUCUUGUCGAAGCCAAGGCCUUCCCCUCCGAUCACUUUGCCGUCCUGUCUCAGUUGCGCAUGCAUGGGCAUGAUGAGUCGGCGCUGAUCGAGGUCAAGCCUCGCGAAGGCGAGCACAACAUCCGGGAAGAAGACUUGUUGGCCAUUCUUGAGGAGCAGGGUGACUCCAUUGCCACAGUCCUUGUUGGUGGUGUGCACUACUAUACGGGGCAGUUUUUUGAUUUGCAGCGCCUGUGUGCGGCCGCGCACAACAAAGGGUGCACUUUCGGUGUGGACCUGGCCCACGCCGUUGGCAAUGUGCCUCUGCAACUUCACGACUGGGACAUUGACUUUGCUUGUUGGUGCACAUACAAGUAUCUCAACUCGGGGCCAGGUGGCAUCGCGGGCGCCUUUAUUCACAAGAAGCAUGAGGGCACAAGCCGCCCCUAUCUGCAAGGCUGGUGGGGAGUGCAGCUCAACGAGCGCUUCCGCAUGGACCACGAUGCCAGCUUCAUGCCCGGUGUUCGUGGCCUGCAGCUGAGCAACCCUGGCGUCCUGCAAACCGUGGCUUUGCUCGGCAGCCUCGAGAUUUAUGAGCAAACAGACAUGGCGUCACUUCGUGCCAAGAGCUUAAAGUUGACGGCAUACUUGGAACAGCUGAUGCAAGCAUUGGUAAACGAGGAAGGCCAUGCUCCCCGGUUUGAAAUCAUCACGCCCACCGAUCCAGAACGCCGUGGCUGCCAGCUCUCAAUUUUGUUCAAGGUAGACAUUGACGCUGCUUUUGAGGCAUUGGAGAAACGCGGCGUGGUAUGCGACGUGCGGCGGCCUGACGUGAUGCGCAUCGCGCCCGUCCCGUUGUACAACACAUUUACCGACGUGUACCGCUUUGUCACGACGCUACGCGACGCCCUCAAUGCAUCGGCCUCGUCAUAA